GCCAUCUGUCUAUCGUUUUUCCAUCUUUGCUUUUCUAUAAUCCCAUUCAAAAUGUCUAAGCUUCCCCCCAUCCCCUCAUGGAUCCCCGGCGCCGACCUUCUCCAUCCCACUUUCCGAUACACUACUCCCGCCAUCCCUUCCACCGUUGAUGAGCUUCACAAGUUACUUGAACCCAAGACCAGCUUGUACGCCUUUGUUGCCAUGACCGCCUUCAACCCUAUCUUCUGGAAUUUUGUGGCGCGAAAUGAAUACCGUAACAAGACCAUCACCAAAGUUGUGCGAUCUCCUUUGGUCGGCUGCUACCUUUUGGCAAUUACUAUCUUCUCCAUCUCUGCUUUUAGAGACCACCUGUUCCUCGGCGCCGUCAAGGACCAGCCCUCUCUCGCCAUUCUUGGCCACCCUGCUAUCAAGGCUGCUGCCAUUGCCCUCUUCGCUUCUGGUCAGACAUUUGUCAUCACCUCGAUGUGGGCUUUAGGUGUCACUGGCACUUAUCUCGGUGACUAUUUUGGCAUCCUCAUGUCCCACCGUGUGACUUCUUUCCCAUUCAACGUCCUUUCCGACCCCAUGUAUGUUGGCUCUUUCCUUACCCACUUGGGUACUGCUUUGUGGUUCCAAUCUCCUGCGGGUAUUGUUCUUGCUGCUUGGGUCUGGAUUGUCUACGCCGUCGCUCUCAAGUUUGAGGGUCCCUUCACCGACAAGAUCUACUCCGCCAAGAACAAGAAGGUCGAUGGACAUUCUUCCACUUCUCCUGUACUUACCCCUACGUCCGCUACGUUCCCUGCUACCCCUUCCCGACGAUCCGGUCGACUUGCUGCCAGGGCUUCCGCACCCAAUUCUGAUGCGGACUCUGACAGUGGUAGUGCCAGCGCUGCGCCUACCAAAGCUACUCCCAGAAAAGCUGCCAGGAAGAGUGUCGCCAGGGGCGAAGUGGCUACUCCUAGACGAGUGACCAGGAGCCGAAGUCAAGGCCUUGCUAGCGGCGUUAGUGGGGAGGAAUAGGUGCUCAACGUGUUGAAAGUGAGAUGGCGUGAGUGGAAAAACACCUUGAAGUUGUGAAACAGGUGCUAUUAUGUUGGCUGCAGGAUCGGAAGGCUUUAGUAGAAAGUCGGGGAAGGGGAGACGCUGUGGACCGCUGAUUAAUGACUGGAUUUCGGUUUUACAACUAUAUUUCUAAUCUAUAUACCCCGGUGUCUCAACAAUACCACCUAUUUUUUGUUGUUUUGAUACCCCUAGAUCGUCUUCGGGUCAUUCAUCUGCGAUGUA